AUGGACGACUACCGCCCGCGCCGGUCGCCGGCGACCGAGCGCUUCGUCGGGCUCUUCUCCUCGCCCUCCUCCUCCCCCACGGAGCCGUCCUUCAUCGCCGGGGACGAGUUCCACGAGGACGACUUCAUGUUCUCCUCCUCCGACGCCGCCGCCGCCGCCCCGCCCGACGACAGCCCCGCCGCCCGGGUGCCGCACGCCCACCUCGGCCUCCUCGCCGCGCUGCACGACGGGGACAAGCGCCUGCUGCUCCGCCGCGGCGCCGCCGCGUCCGACGCCAUCCCGGCCGCGCUGCUCCGCCGCAAGGCCACCAUCGCCGCCGCCGCCGCCUCGGCCUCAUCCGGCGGCGGCUCGCUGUCCCCCACCCAGCCCCCGCCCUCCGCCGCCUGGGCCAUCCCGGCCAACCCGCGGCCCAGGAGCCGCGCGCCCGCCCCGCAGUACCACCAGUCGGCCCCGGUCAAGGUGCCCGUCCGCCCGCCCCGGAAGCCGGCCAUGGACAAGUGGGACGAGGCCGCCGCCGGCGACGACGAGGACGAGCUCCGGCGCGGGGACGCCGCCAUGCUGCCCCCGCACGAGAUGGUCGCGCGCGCGUCCGCCGGCGGCGCCGGCCCCGUCGCCCCGUUCUCCAUGCUCGAGGGCGCCGGACGCACGCUCAAGGGCCGCGACCUCCGGCGGGUGCGCGACGCCGUGCUCCGGCAGACCGGGUGGCUCGACUGAAUCCGGCGAGGUGAUGUGGCUCUUUCUGCCCUUUUGUUCGCCUCAGAGUCGUAGAUUCGAUACGUUAGGAUAUAAUUCUACCUACCUAGUGGGUUCGUGUUGUAGAUCGAGAGGGGAAACCAGAAAGUAUGUUGAGUUUUUUGUUGGGUGCAACUGCUUGCAAUUUUUGGUAUCUUUGGCAAUUGGAAAGGAAUGUGACUAAUAUUAUUACUGUAAGUUUCAACAGUAAUAAGAACCUGUGUCUGUGAACUUGGAGCUCUCUGGAAUUCAGGAGGAGGGGCAAUUUUUGUCAACGGUGAUGGGUUUAUCGACAAUUCUCAAUGCCUGUCUAUUGCUAUCCAAAAUUUGCUUCAGUUUGGUUUUCGUCUUGUGAUCGAUAGCACUCCAUACAUACCUGCUUAUGCUUGCAAAUGCAUCUGAUAUGUAUGUAGGUUUGUGUGAUAUCAUCUGAACUGGAACCAAUGUAUCAACUUAGCGACCAAUUAUGCUACUUUGUCCGAAAGCAUUGCCGUUUAUGUUGUCCUGGGAAGAACAUCGGUUGGUGAUUGGUGCCAGUAUUCU